AACGGGAGAUCCGUGGAGAACGCUGCGAUGCCUGUGCUCGCAGCCCGGGCUCUGGAGACAGAUCCGCGCGAGAGAUUGGAAAAGGGGGAGCAGCUCCGCUUCCUUGCGAUGGACAGGCGGUGGGGGUGUGCAGCCUCAAGCGGAGGAAAGGCUGAGUGCCGGAUCAGACCUGGUCCUCGGGCUGAGGGCUCAGCCCCAAAAUAACGGGUUCUGAAACCCGGAGGUGGGAGGCGUAGGAGCAGGCUUGCUUGUUCGAGUGCCACUAUCAUUUUACAGCCAACCCCACCCCUUGCUCCAAGUUGCGUUUGUGAGAUUCGAAAGGGAUGGGACGGAAGCGGAAGGCCGCCGAGGCUCUGGACGGGGAGCCCAGCCAUGCAGGGUCAGAGCUGGAACUGCGCUGGGAAUGGGAGAAGGGCGCCCAUGGGUGGCUGCAGUUCCCGCCCGAGCAGAGCGAGGCCCUGAGCCAGGCAGCCCGGGCAGGGAAGCUCUCCGUUGACAUCGGGGAGUCCCGCGUGGACCUACGCAGGAUGGUGCAGCGGGAUAAGCAAACCGGGCUGGAAACGCGGGUGGCUGCGGCUGUCCGGGAUCAGGAUUCUUACUUGGUCUGGCAGUGGAAAGGAGACCAGGAAGACGACUGGCUUCCGUACCCUGCGGACACCUGUCUGGCUUUACAGGCAGCCAGAAGUGGUCAUGGGGAGCCCACAGUGGAGGUGAUGGUUGGCCGGACAAGCUACAAGCUGGACACGAUCCGCAUGGUGCAGACAAACAACCGCACAAAGUUUGAACGCCAAAUCGAAUGCAGGGAGUCCGAUGCUGCGGAGGUUACGGAUGGAGGCUCUCAGCUGAGCAACAGCACCCCGGGUGACGCUGGACCCACUUGCACGAAAAAGGUCCAGAACAGGGUGGCUAAAGCAGCAUCUCAAGGGGAGGGAGAUAGCACAGAAUCAGUGAAGACGGUGAUACUUAAGGGAAAAGCGCCUGUGGACCCACAAUGUGCUGCCAAAGUGGGGAAGGCUCACGUUUAUUGUGAGGGUGAGGACAUUUACGACAUCAUGUUGAAUCAGACCAAUCUGCAGUUCAACAACAACAAAUAUUACCUUAUCCAGCUUUUGGAGGAUGAUGGAGUGCAGAACUACAGUGUCUGGAUGCGCUGGGGGCGUGUGGGUAAACCGGGGCAACACUCCCUCGUGAGCUGCGGAGGAGAUCUGGCUAAAGCCAAAGACGUCUUCACCAAAAAGUUCCUGGACAAAACCAAGAACGAAUGGACCAAGCGCUCCAGUUUCCAGAAGGUUGCAGGCAAAUAUGACAUUCUCCAUCUGGACUAUGAAGCCAGUGAUGCAGAUGAGAAGGAAGCCCCACAAAAGUCAGCCCCACGCCCCAAGCCCGUGUCGCAGCUGGACCCCCGCGUGCAGGCCUUGGUUGAGCUGAUCUGCAGCAUCCGCACCAUGGAGGAGAUGGUGAUGGAGAUGAAGUACGACACCAGGAAGGCCCCUCUAGGGAAACUGACGGCUGAGCAGAUCCAAGCAGGGUACCAGUCAUUGCAAAAGGUCGAGGCCUGCCUAAAGCGGAAGCAACCUGGCCGUGCCCUGCUGGAAGCUUGCAAUGAAUUCUACACACGGAUCCCCCACGAUUUUGGACUGAAAACUCCUCCACUGAUAAACACAGAACAGGAGCUACGAGAGAAGAUGCAGUUGCUGGAGGCACUCGGCGAGAUCCGUGUUGCCAUCAAACUGGUGCGGUCGGACAGUACAGAGCUGGAGCACCCCUUGGACCGGAGCUACCGAGGACUAGGCUGUGAGCUCCAGCCCUUGGACAGGGAGGGCCCCGAUUUCCAGGUGCUAGAACGCUACUUGUUGUCCACGCACGCCCCCACCCACACGGAUUACACCAUGACCCUGCUGGAGGCCUUCAUUCUGAACAAGGAGACCUCCGGAUCUGGCCAUUUCCGCUCCGAUCUGCCCAACCGGACGCUGCUGUGGCACGGGUCCCGCCUGGGCAACUGGGCGGGGAUUUUGAGCCAGGGGCUGCGUGUGGCACCGCCGGAGGCCCCGGUCACUGGCUACAUGUUUGGCAAAGGCAUCUACUUUGCGGACAUGUCCUCCAAGAGCGCCAAUUACUGCUUUGCCACCCGUGAGAGAGACAUUGGCCUGCUGCUGCUGUCAGAGGUGGCGCUGGGGGAAUGCAAUGAACUCCUGGAGGCAAAUCCUGAUGCAGAGAAACUGCCGGCCGGCAAGCAUAGCACCAAAGGGCUUGGCAAGCUAGCCCCGUCCCCAAGCAACAGCGUGGUGCUGCAUGGGGCAACGGUUCCGCUGGGCCCAGCUGUGGAAACUGGGGUAGUGAAUCCCAGUGGCUACACCCUGAAGUACAACGAAUUCAUUGUCUAUGACCCAUGCCAGGUGCGUCUCAAGUACCUCCUCAAGGUGCACUUCAAUUUUACUGAGCUCUGGUGAAGGGCCUCAAAUACCAAAGGAUGAACCCUGCUGGCAUUUCCUUUACCUGACAUUACAAGUGCCUUCGAGCAGAGAGAGUCUCCCUUCGACGGACUUUUUUCAAGCAGGAGCAGGUUUUUGCCAAUUUAAGUGAAGCAAAAGGAAGCUGCUAAAAGAGAAGUGUGCCAGAUUGCAAGGGGCCUCUAAUUCCUUUUUGUUCUUGUUUAUUACAUGCGCAGUGGCUCUCUGAGCGGCACCCAGCAUGGGUGAGAUCACUUUAUUUUUCAAUAAACAGAAUUCUUCUAUAGGCCCAAA